AUGGCAAUACAACCACCUGGAUCUUAUGUACAAGCAAACAAGAGAGGAAAGACAAAGAAGGUUAGCCAGGAUGCUUUUUUGAGGAAGGAGUGGUACUUGCUGAGAUCACCGACGAUUUUCUCAAACAAUGUGAAUGGAAAGACACUGAUGACGAAGUCAGCAGGAAAGAAUUCAUACUUGAACAUGCUUGGCAGAAGAUACGAUGUGAACCAAGCGGAUCUUACAGGAAACAACAGUGAUGCACAUAGGAAGUUUUUGUUCAAGGUUGGAGACAUCAAAGGAAAUGAAUGCAUAGGAUUUUUUGAUGGAAUGGAGAUAACUUCAGACAAGCAGAAGGCAAUGAUCAAGAAAUGGCACUCACUGAUUGAGGCAGAAAAGGAUAUUGUUGCAAAGGAUGGAAGUAUAUUCAGAGUGUUUGCGAUGGCAAUUACGAAGAGAACUCAGAAUUACAUCAAGAAGACCUGCUACACAAAGAGCUCUGAAGAGAAGAGGAUCAGGAAGGUGAUGGUUGAUGUGAUCACUGAGGAGCUCUCUGGAAUGGAUGUGCAGAAGAUUAUGAAGAAGCUUUCGAACGAAACUAUUGGCAAGAGGAUUGAGGAGUUGGGAAGUGAGAUUUUCCCACUUCAGAGCUGCUGUGUCAGGAAGGUCAAGACAAUCAAGAGCUAUCAAGCAUCAGCCAAUCAGGAUGCGGUUGAAAUGAAGAAUUAA